AUGUCGGACGGCCAAGCAUCACAGCAGCAGCAGUCAACGUCAAUGUCACCUGGAGCUGAUACCGGCGAGAAAACCGAGCAGCAGCAGCAAUUGCCGAAGCUCACCGCGUCAGAGUUCCGACAAUAUAAUCGGUUGGCGGAACACAUGGAUCAGUUUCACAACGGUUUCCGCCUCUCCUGGAACGAGAUCUACAAGGCCUGCACCACUAACCAACGCCCGCGGUCCAUGUCCCUGCGCGAGUUCAUCGCCUUCGCCCUCCGCUUCUCCGAGCACCUCGAGAUGCACCACUCCAUCGAGGAGAGCUACGUGUUCCCCAACCUCGCACGCAAGAUGCCCGCUUUCCGCAAGCAGGACGAGCUGCUGGCGCAGCACCGCAAGAUCCACGAGGGCCUCGACAAGUAUGCGGCGUACCUGAAGGAGUGCAAGAGCGGCGAGCGGGAGCUGGUAUUAAGGGAGCUCAAGGAGCUCAUGGAGACGUUUGGGGAGGUGCUGUGGAGGCAUUUGGAGGAUGAGGUUGUGGAGUUGGGGGCGGAGAAUAUGAGAAAGUAUUGGACGUUGGCGGAUAUGAAGAAUUUGGCGUUUUGA